AUGCUCUUCCUUUUCCGUUCUCUUAAUUCAAUUUCUUUUCAUAUCACUAUCCUGUCCUUUCUUGCUUGCUUUCUUUCUUUCUUUCUUUCUUUCUUUCUUUCUUUCUUUCUUUCCCUUUUUUUUCUUUUUUCUUUCCAUCUUUUCCUUCAUCAAGCAGACUUUCUUUCUUUUUUUGUUCAUCAUACUUUUCCUGUCCUUCGUUUCUUUCCUUUCUUCAUUGUCCCUUUCAUUUCUUCUUCUUCUUCUUCUUCUUCUUCUUCUUCUUCUUCUUCUUUUUUCACCACUUUCUUUCUUUCUUUCAUUCUUUCUUUCUUUUGGCUUCUUCAAUUUUUACUAGUUUUUUCUGGAACUUUUUAUUGUCUUUUCUUUCUUUCUUUCUUUCUUUCUUUCUUUUUUCUUUCUUUCUUUCUUUUGGCUUCUUCAAUUUUUACUAGUUUUUUCUUGAAAUUUUUAUUCUUUUUCUUUCUUUCUUUCUUUCUUUCUUUCUUUCUUUCUUUAGGUUUGAAAUUAUUUUCUUUUUCUUUCUUUCAUUUUUUUACAUCUAUUUCUUUCUUUAUUUGUUUCUUUUACAUUUCUUUCUUUUUCUUUCUUUUCUUUCUUUCUUUCUUUCACAAGCGGGUAAUAUUAUCAUUACAUUCCCGGUAUCUAUCUAUCUAUCUAUCUAUCUAUCUAUCUAUCUAUCUAUCUAUCAAGAAACGGGUAAUAUUAUCAUUACAUUCCCGGUAUCUAUCUAUCUAUCUAUCUAUCUAUCUAUCUAUCAUCUAUCUAUCUAUCAAGAAACGGGUAAUAUUAUCAUUACAUUCCCGGUAUCUAUCUAUCUAUCUAUCUAUCUAUCUAUCUAUCUAUCUUAUCAUUAAAUUCCCGGUAUCUAUCUAUCAUUAUCUUCUAUCUAUCUAUCUAUCUAUCUAUCGGGUAUAUUAUCAUAUUCUCUAUCUAUCUAUCUAUCUAUCUAUCUAUCUAUCAAGAAACGGGUAA